GCCACACUCUUGUUUCGAUCGCGACCGAUGUCAUGGCAGCAUGACUCUUCUGCUAUCCUUUUCACAUUGUAAACCUUUCCGCUAUCGCCGUUGUCUCAUAUGGAGAGGCUGUGACACCUCAUGGGACCCUGCACUCACUUCCGGGGCCUGAGAAGCCUGCGGCGUCAUCGAUUUUUGGUUGACAUUCAACGUCUGUACUCCAGCAGCGUGACGAGCAAACAGACACGAUUCUCCUACUUUCUGUCGGCACACACUGAGGUGAUGAACAUGGGACUCUCGCCUCGAGCCAGCGGCUAAAAUUGGUUUCAAGGACUAUGGUCACCUUUUUUCUAAGCUCGAGGAAAGCGGCAUCCUGGACAACCCCGACGGACAUGAUGCCGCCGUGAUCCUGGCAACCCCCAACUUCGCCAGACAGAUGGAGAGCAGCGAUGUGGUGGGACGAUUCGCCAAGGCGCUCUCCGGGGCAUCUGGUGUUGGACAUUUUCAUGUUCUCUGUGCGAUAGUGGACCAUGUGACGCCGGCGCUUGGCGAAUCUGGCAAGAUGCAUGGCAUCUCGAUCCUCCGAGGGCGGCUGGACGAGACCCUUCCCGAGCUGUGGCUGCCGUCACCGCCGAGAUCCAGAGACGACGUCGAGUCCGUGGCGGCUCUGGCCAUCAAUCUUGGUAGCCCCUGGGUGACUCUUCCCCUUGCGCGGACUACCUUUCACAAUAACCGGGCGUCAACGCUCCUAGCAUCCCGGUUUGACUUGACGCAAGGGGAGCCGGAGCUCGCACAAAGUGCCGAAAAGCAUUCACAGCGUAUAAAUGUGUCUUUGGAUGAGCCACUACAAUCCACGUCCGAGCUGGGUCUGUGGGCACCACUCUCCCCGAUAACCCGCGCACGAGUCGUGACGGAGAGUUUCGGAAACAUCGUCCGCGGCGUUGAAGUUGACGGCAAGUCGCAACCCGCGUCGACUGAGCUGGAAGACUCAGUAAACACAAUGUUCAAAUACAGGACGUCAACAACAGCGGGACCCAUGGGCGUCUGGGCAAUGGUGUCGCCGGUGGCGGAACCAGACAACGCUCCCGAUCCGACCCCUAUCCUGAAAGGCAAGGGGGCCACGCGAGAUGCCGUGGAGAUUACAUCAAAGUACAUCCAAGGGGAGUUUAGCUCUGGCGGACACCUUUAUCAAAUAUUGAGCGGUGGCGGAGGCUGGGGCCCAAAAAAAGGGCUUCUUUCGCUUGAUCCGCAACAAACACACUUCUCUCCAUCCGAAGAGGAAGAGAUGGCUAGGUUCAUGCAGACCAUGGAGAAAAAUUCUGGCUUUGCCCCCCCUGGGUCACAGAUUCAAUUUUUCAUCCCCGCGCAGGCCCCCCCGGAAGACGUCUUAUCCACGGCUUCGGGCGUAGUCUUUGGUGUGCCUGGAGACGCGGAAGCUUCAAAAGAUGCUGAGGUCCCGGAAGCCGGCUACCUCGUGGACGGUCAUUUCGGAGGGCUCUCGAGCAAGGGCGUAUUUGUAUCCGGACCCUCAGCAACGCCAUCGGGGCCUACAGAAGAGUCCAAAAUCAGCGUUCCCAACUCGCGAGUAUUUGCUGCUAGGGCCGAUGGCGAGGGCAGCGGCUUCCUCGGCUUUCUAGGGGCCGGAGAGCUGGCGGAUGCGGGUACAGCUGCUUUGAUAUAGCCGCGCGUUGCCUGCUUUGUAUUAUAAUGACAUGCGCACCUCCGUCGCGUUGAGGCGACAGUUCUCAUAAUUUACAGCCCAUAUUAUGCAACCUCGGACCCGAUAUAGUUAUGCUGUGAAUCAUGCUUGAAAUCAC